CAGAAAUCAGGAAAGUACGAGCGCGUCGCAAACACUCGGUCCCUAAAUCUUAAGUUUAAUAAUAUUAAAUCCAAAUCAUCAUCGAGUCGCAGUUGCGGGUGAUCGGUGAAUGAAAAAGCACAACUCCGACGAUCGGUUACGAAAUUAUCAGGACACAAGGAAAUAAAGCAACUAAAGAAUAAUAAAAACAGCAAACAAAAGCAAAAGUAGAAGUAACUUUUUCUCUCUCUUUUUCUCUUUCUUUCUCGACAUAGAAGAUCCAAAUCUCACCAUUACUGUAAAGGGAAAUGUAUCGUUUGAAAAGAUCCACGAUAUUCGCGGAGACCAAGUCUGGCAAGAACUAUAUUACUGAUGUCGGCCAUGAAGAUUUGUUUGUCCAUUUAGAACGGAUCUUCUCCGUCGGGGGGAUAUGGCCGUUCGAGCGUACAUAUGUCCGUUUUGCGAUUUACAUCUUGUAUUUUACGCUGUACCUCGUCAUGGCAUAUGCGAAUUUUUACGAAGUCCUCGGUGAUCUCGAGCUGAUGGUGAUGAAUCUCGUGGAGACGGUGGCUUACACCAUCACUUUCACGAUAGUAUGGGUGAUCCGUUGCAGCGACUUACUAAAGCGCAUCAUCAUCGUGGUGAGGCAGGAUAUGAUGGAGCGGAAAUUUGAGGAUCCCGAGGAGAAGAGGAUCUACUAUAAUUACAAUUAUAUGUCCAAGAUAUUUCUCUAUGGCUCAAUCAUCGGCAUGUUCAUCACGGUGAUAUUGUUAUACUUUAGACCGCUCAUGAAUUUCUCGAUCAGUAAUCAAGAAUUUAAUAACAACACAGGAUCCUUCGUCUUACCCUACAAAAUCCAUAUGUUCUUCGACAUCACUAACACUCGGACAUAUGUGCUUAUGUAUCUUUACCUGUUCCCGAUGAUUUACAACUCCAUAUGUCACAUGGCAGCGAUCUGCUUGUUAGUUAUUUUAGUAUUUCACAUCUGCGGCGAAUUGUCCAUUCUGUCGUACCGUAUUAAGAACGUGCAAGCAUACUCGCGAGAUGCAUUGGUGGCCAGAAUUCGCAGCUUCGUCCAAAUGCAUCUCAAGCUAAUAUGGAUGGCGAAGUCUGUGGACAACACUUUUAACAUAGUUCUUAUGGAUGAACUCUUCGGCAAUAGCAUUAUAUUGGCUAUUUCGAUGUAUUAUGUCCUAAUAAAUCUGGAGGUCUCGGAACUGGCGACCUGCUGUACUUUCAUAUUCUUCGCUAUAAUCGCGCUUGUUAUGCUCUAUGGAUAUUGCUUGAUCGGCGAGCAACUGACUCAACAGUGCAUAAACGUGCUGGAUGCGUGCUAUCAAUGCAACUGGUACGAGAUGCCACUUAACUGCAAGAGAAGUCUCCUAAUAUGUAUGAUUCGCAGCCAGAUCAUGCUAUAUCUGACAGCCGGAAAAUUUUACGUAUUCUCCUUGAACGGUUUUACGGAUAUUAUCAAAACCUCGCUGGCGUAUCUGUCGGUGCUGCGUACUCUGUUGUGAAGUGUCAUGUGUGGAAGACUUUGGAUGAUGCACAAAUAUCGAACGAAUUUGUAUACUACAAAUAGAGAAAUACAUGUAGAAACUGCCCUGGAUCUGCA